UGGUAGCAACUUGGGCACUUAGCCAUAAAAAGCACAAAACAGUAGGGAAAAGGGACACCCAUUGGGACCUCUGACCCGACCAGAGCCACUCAACCUGCGAUUCCCUUCUAUAAUUAUUAAUUUCAGCAUUCAAUUUUUCAAAAAAAAAAAAAAAAAAGUCUUUGCGGCCGACAAAGGUUUCAUUUCAGUUGAUUCAGCGCGUUCUCGCCGCUUUUGCUGACUAGUGGUGAGGAUGUCAACCCCAGCAAGGAAGAGACUGAUGAGGGAUUUUAGGAGGUUGCAACAAGAUCCUCCUGCAGGGAUUAGUGGCGCUCCUCAAGACAACAAUAUUAUGCUAUGGAAUGCUGUUAUAUUUGGGCCUGAUGACACCCCGUGGGAUGGAGGAACGUUUAAGUUGACCCUUCAGUUUGCAGAAGAUUAUCCAAAUAAGCCUCCAACAGUGCGUUUUGUUUCUAGAAUGUUCCAUCCAAACAUUUAUGCGGAUGGAAGCAUUUGUUUGGAUAUCCUACAGAAUCAGUGGAGUCCAAUCUACGAUGUGGCAGCCAUACUCACAUCAAUCCAGUCAUUGCUCUGCGAUCCAAAUCCAAACUCCCCUGCAAAUUCUGAAGCUGCACGGAUGUUUAGUGAGAACAAGCGUGAAUACAAUAGGAGAGUACGUGAAAUUGUUGAGCAGAGUUGGACUGCUGAUUAGUUUCUCCUCGUUCGGCAGAAGAAGUUGAAAAAUUGCCCUAUGCCCUGUUUAAACAACAUUUAACUUGAAAUUGUGGUUGCCCAUGCCCCUUGUUAUAUGUUUGCUUGGCUUAUGAGGAUGGAUGUUUGGCCUCUAUAUUCCAAUGUUUGUUCCACUUGAUUA